GGUGUUGUUACAUCAUCUGCACUCAGUCCAUUCUCAUUUUUCAACUUCAUUUCGUUUCCGUGUCCACUCAGAUCAAACCCACCGCGUCCCCAAUUUCUAGGGUUUCUCUCUCUCUCUCUCUCUAAAUUCAACUCAUUUUCUUCAAUCCUUAAUUCUUCAAAUUCACCUUUCAUGGAACAAAAUCACCACCAACCGAUUCAGCAACCGGUAAUUCCACCUCCAAUUCCGGUCACCGGAGGUGAAAUUACGGUUUCUGAACAGACUCAGAUGAUCGGAGUCAACGCCACCGACGCUGACGUGGCGGUGAAUAAGAAACGUGGUCGUCCGCCGAAAGGUACUGUUCAUGCUCCGGUUGUGAAGAAGCCGAAGGAUGAAGAAGAUGUAUGCUUCAUUUGCUUUGAUGGUGGUUCACUUGUUCUUUGUGAUCAUCGGGGUUGUCCUAAGGCGUAUCAUCCGGCGUGUGUUAAACGAGAUGAAGAGUUUUUCCGUUUAGCUGAGAAAUGGAAAUGUGGUUGGCAUCUAUGUAGCGAUUGUGGCAAAUCAUGCCACUACAUGUGCUAUACCUGUCCAUAUUCCUUGUGCAAGGGAUGUACAAAACAAGAGUCUGAUUUUGUUAGUGUCAGAGGAAACAAAGGUUUGUGCGGAGCAUGCUUGAGGACUAUAAUGCUGAUCGAGAACAGUGCCCAAGGAAUUGAGUGCGAAGUGGAUUUUGAUGAUAGAAGCAGCUGGGAAUAUCUUUUCAAGGUGUACUGGCUGUACUUGAAAGGAAAACUAUCUCUAAAUUUUGAUGAGAUCCUUCGAGCUAAAAAUCCUUGGAAAGGUGCUGUUCGUGUGAGUUGCAAGGUUCAAACUCCCCGGAAGCGUCAUCAUCUUAAAGUUGACAAUGGUUGUGGUUCUGAGAAUUCAUGUAUAGUAGAUUCAAAUAGUCCAAUAAACAAGAAGGCUAAGGGAAAUGUUUGGGACAGUGUCGUGGACGUUGUUGGACGCAGUGCACAAGAACUUUCCACUACCUGUGAGCUAAAUGUGAAUACAUGUACAAUAAAGAAUGAAAUGAAUACUAAUGAAUCAGCAAUCAAUGAUGGCACUGAUGCAGGGGUUUCAAGACUAGGAGAUUCUGGGGUUGCAGAAGACAUUUCAUCGUUACUUCACUCUACAGGGAUGGAACAGCCAGUCUGGCAUUAUCAGGAUCCAACUGGGAAGGUUCACGGUCCUUUUAGUAUGUCGUUGCUGUGCAAGUUGAAAGGAACUGAAUAUUUCUCUCCAGAUCUCAGAGUAUGGAGGGUAGAUGAGAAACAAGAGAACUCUAUAUUGUUAUCCGAUGCACUGAGUUGGAAGUGUUCCCAAAAUGUAUCAUUGCCACUCAACUGUGAACAGCAGUCUUUGGGAGCCAGUGUUACAUUGGAAAAUAAAGAAAAUAGUCAGGAUGGUCUUGGCAAUGCAACAAGGAGUGAAAUUUGUGCUAACAACCAAAUUUUCAAGCAGAGCGAUGAAGAAAAGGUGGGUGAUACUUGUACCCCACCUAAUGGUACAGAUGAAUCUGUUAAGAGCAACGGAGGGUACACUCCGUCUCCUGGUGUGACUACACAAGCAGAUGGGAAUAUCAGUGAUGGGCAAAGUGGUUAUUUUGAACGAAGGGAAGAGUCACCGAAAUGUGAAAUUUCUUGUCAUGGUGGUCCCGACGUACACCUUGCACUACCUUCAACUGCCUUUGAUGAGAAUUUGAAUGACAAACCUUCUGAUGAAGUGGUGGAAGGUCUAGGGAAUGAUAAAAAAUUGGAAGUGAAUGGAAAUUUGGGUUCCAAUGGGUCUUCUGAGGGUCCGAGUAAUAGUGGGCAAAGUGAUCAGAAACAAUCUGACAAUGAAGAGAAUCCAGGGCAAUCUUCUGGUCAGAACUGGAUGAUGGCAGCACUCUUUGGCGAUGAUUUCCUAGUUGAUGAUUCAGUUUCAAAUCUGUUGGAUGCAGUAGCGGCGGAGGAGAAACACAGUGUCACGGAACCUUCCGCCGAAGAGUGGGAUAUUGAUGUGUUCACUGACGGUGCUAUAACUGAUUGUUUACAAGGUAUAAUACUACCAGAUUUUGAUGCAGGUAAAGGUGAUGCUCUGAGCUCCUCAGGUGAUUUACAUUUACCCUCCCAAUCCACUGUAGCAAAUGGGCAGCCUUUUCAGCAAGCAGAUGUGCAUAAUCAGCAAACUAUAUCUGGGGAACAAUCUUCAAAAACUGCUGAAGUUGAGGCUCCUUUCCCAGGUAUUUGCUGGAACCAAACUCAUCAAUUUCCAUGGGGUCCAACUCGUUGACUUGGCAGAUUACAUUGGAAGCUAUUUAUCUUUAGUCUUUAGGCUAAACAGAUUUUAGACCAACCUGAAUCGGAUACUUAAUAUCCUGUUUAUAACAACAUUCUUUUGCAAACAGUGACCUCUCACCUUCCUUCAUUGUUGAGGAAGUAAUGGAAGAGCGUCGUUCUUCGUAGCCUACUCUAUUUUGCUAUAUAAUUUUAUUUAAAUGAGAGACGGAUUCUCAUUACUUUUUUUUUGCACAAAUUUAUAAUCAGCGGUAUAUAUUUCCUUCUUUGCUAUA